UUUCGUCAUCAAAAUGGCGCUGAACCUGCAAGUGAGGGUUCAUCCGGUAGUUUUAUUUCAAAUUGUUGAUGCAUACGAGAGAAGAAAUGCCGACUCUCACCGUGUUAUAGGCACCUUACUUGGUAAUGUUGACAAAGGAGUGGUAGAAGUGACGAAUUGUUUUUGCGUGCCCCAUAAGGAAUAUGAUGAUCAGGUUGAAGCAGAGUUAUCCUAUGCUAUGGAUGUAUAUGAUUUAAACCGAAGAGUAAAUUCUAACGAAGCAAUUGUUGGAUGGUGGGCAACUGGUCACGAAGUAACUAAUCAUAGUUCUGUAAUUCAUGAAUAUUAUUCACGAGAAUGUAAUAACCCAGUGCAUGUAACGGUGGAUACCAGCUUGCAAGGUGGUAGAAUGGGCCUGAAAGCAUAUGUUUGUGUCCCACUUGGUGUGCCAAAUGGAAAACAAGGAUGUAUGUUUACGUCAAUUCCAGUAGAUGUUACCUGUUAUGAUCCUGAAGUGUUUGCCCUUCAAUUAUGUCAGAAAACUAUGACUGCUGGAUCUGGAAGACCUAGGAAUGUUAAUCCUAUGUUAGAUUUAACUCAAGUGGCAGAAGCUGGAGGAAAAAUGAGUUCUAUGCUGGAUGAAGUUCUAAGAUACGUAGAAGAUGUUUUAGCUAAUAGAGUGCCACCCAAUAAUGCAGUAGGAAGGGCACUUUUAGAUUUGGUUAAUUCCGUUCCGCAUAUGAGUAAUGAACAGUUUUCUGAGAUGUUCAAUAGCAAUGUUAAGGAUUUAUUGAUGGUGAUUACUUUGUCACAACUUAUUAAGACCCAACUACAAUUGAAUGAAAAGCUAACCUUGUUAACAUCAAUUUAGGUUUUCGUCUGGUCUUUAUUUUUUGUAUUGAAAAGUGAAUAUUUCUUUGUAAACAAAAUGUCAACAUUUUUUAAAAAUAAAUAGAAAUGUUUUGCUGAUUUUAUUUACCUUCUUUUAUAAUAAACUUAAUUUUUUAU